GUGACGCUCAACCGGAGAAAAGUAAACUGUUUUCAGUUGAAGCUGUGGUUAGCCCGUCUUAUUGCUCUGACAGAGGAGUACGAUGUCCCGCAAAGCGCUCAAAGUGGUGGUUGAAAUAAAGUUCAGAGCGGUUUCUUGUCCUGGAGUUCAUCUGCCAGCCAAGGAUGACAUCUACCUCAGCAUAUGCUUCAUGGGCCAGUACCGUCAGUCUGAAUGUCUCCCCGCCGUCUUUCCUCUGCUGUUUCAUGAGAUGAUGACCUUUGAAAAGAUUUUCAGGCAUGCAGUUGAUCCUGGAGACAUCGCUGUGAUGCUUGAGUAUGAGACAGUCACAAUAGAAUUGGUGCAGCUUAUUCCUCCAGUGGCAGACACUCUGGCUUACUUUGAAGAAGACACUCGACGAUUCUUAUUUCCGGAACCUAAACUGGUUCCCUCCUUCUCUGGAGUGGAUCAAGAGAUUCUGAUGACCCGAGCCCCUCACUUUCAAGGCAUUGCUCCAAGGUUGGAGUUUUCCACCAAAACAACCAUCAUUGAGUGCUCAGCUGACGCCGAGAUCAACAUUUACCCCAAUGUGCCCAUGAAUCCAGUGAUAAAGAGGAACAGGAAACACUCCAGCAGACCCAGGAGCUCAUCUCCUCAGAGAAGACAACCUCAAACCCUGGGAAAGAAACAAGGUGGCAGGGCAUACAGAGAAAACCGCACCAGGUCACUGUCUCACACUCCAGGACCACAGUCCCUGUCCCCUCUGAGAACUGGAAACACAAAGAGGCUGGAGCAGCUCAGCCUGGACUCUACAGCUUUAGACCUGGCUGACUGGGACCAGACCAGCAUCUCCCAGAAUAUGCUGGCUUCAUGGCCUGGAGCCAGCCGGUCUGACUCGCCUCACUGCUCUGCAGUGUUUACCAACUCUUUUUCACCUUUGACCAGCUCCUCAUCAGUGAGAUAUUUUCCAACUGGCAGAAGAAAAUCCUUAUCCAAUGGAGUUCUUGGAGGAAUAUCCGAAAGCUACUCCAGCUCUUCAGAAACACAUGACUCCCUUGGCUACCACCAAGAUCAUGACUCUUCAGGGCUGUGGCGGUCUUACAGGUCCCAGUCCAGCUCUCACAAAGAAUGGGAAGAGGUCCAAGAGCGUGUUCGGGGACUCCUUACCACACCUAAAGCUGUACGCCGACUUGUGUAUGGGGCCACACACUCAGAGGUAAGCGAGGUAUUAUCCAGGAGGUCCAUCUCUCCAGGUCCACCCUGAUGACCAGGCCAGGCUCUGGAAUGGUGAAGUGAACCUGCUCUUGUGCC